GCUCCACCGUGGAUCCUCUCCACGCACUUUUACUGCCUUCAUACUCGCUUUAUCUCCGAGCACAAACUCUCCCAACUUCCAGCUGCAGUCUGGGGUGUAAAAUAACUCCAGUUUAGGUGUGUGGUUUGUUUGAGGGAAGCUUUUUUUUUCCAGCAAUGUCGACGGUAGCGGCUGCGGCGGCAAUGUGUAGCCCUGCUGCCGGCGGCGGCGGCCCCAACCCCGGAUCCGGAGCCGAGAUGGUCCGCGGUCAGGCCUUCGACGUCGGGCCGCGCUACACCAACCUGUCUUACAUUGGCGAAGGGGCUUAUGGAAUGGUUUGUUCAGCAUAUGAUCGGGAUAAUAAAGUGCGUGUGGCAAUUAAGAAGAUCAGUCCUUUUGAGCAUCAGACGUACUGCCAGCGUACUCUCCGCGAGAUCAAGAUCCUGCUGCGCUUCAAACACGAAAACAUCAUCGGCAUCAACGACAUCAUCCGCGCGCCCUCCAUCGAUCAGAUGAAGGACGUCUACAUCGUGCAGGACCUGAUGGAGACUGACCUGUACAAGCUCCUUAAAACACAGCACCUAAGCAACGACCACAUCUGCUACUUCCUGUACCAGAUUUUGCGCGGCCUGAAAUACAUCCACUCGGCCAACGUACUCCACAGAGACCUGAAGCCCUCCAACCUGCUGCUCAACACCACCUGUGAUCUCAAGAUCUGUGAUUUUGGGCUGGCCCGUGUAGCUGACCCGGAUCACGACCACACAGGGUUUCUUACAGAGUAUGUAGCCACGCGCUGGUACCGCGCCCCAGAGAUCAUGCUCAACUCAAAGGGUUAUACUAAAUCUAUUGACAUUUGGUCUGUGGGUUGUAUUCUGGCUGAGAUGCUCUCAAACAGACCCAUAUUUCCUGGAAAGCACUACCUGGAUCAGCUGAACCAUAUUUUAGGUAUUCUGGGCUCUCCCUCACAAGAGGAUCUGAACUGUAUAAUCAACAUAAAGGCCCGAAACUACCUGCUGUCUCUGCCACUGCGCUGCAAAGUGCCCUGGAAUCGCCUCUUUCCUAACGCCGACCCGAAAGCCUUGGAUCUGUUGGAUAAGAUGCUGACCUUUAAUCCCCAUAAGAGGAUUGAGGUGGAGCAAGCUCUGGCUCACCCUUACCUGGAGCAGUACUAUGAUCCUACUGAUGAGCCUGUCGCUGAAGCUCCGUUUAAGUUUGAUAUGGAGCUUGAUGAUUUGCCCAAAGAGACGCUGAAGGGACUGAUCUUUGAAGAAACAGCACGAUUUCAACCAGGCUACAGACCAUAACAGCCUACAGGUGUCGCACUGGAUUCCGUCGGGCCGGCACUCGUCUCCUCUCAGCUGUUAUCAUCCUCCACCACAUCUUCUUUUCUAAACUUUAAAACUACAGCCAGUUAUCGAAACCAACUACUAUUCAACCUCGAUCUAGUGUCUGUGCUUCUGACAUAGUUUGAUUACAUCCCUGCACCCCUCUCCCCUAAUUCUAGCAUCCUACUUAAGCCCUUUUGUCUCUGUUGAGAUGGAAAUGAAAUAAUAAGGAUGUGUGUAUGUGGUGAGUUGAAGGAUAGUGUGCAGGCUGACCAGAAUCUUUUUUUUUUUUGAGGCUUUGCAUAAGAGGAACUCUCGCUUCUGGUCACGUUUUGUCUAAGGCUUUUGUAAAAACCUGUAGUUGUGUAACUGCUUUUUUUAUUCUUGGUUCUCGUCAGUCUCACUUUUAUGAAACUGCUUUUCUGCAAAGUAUCUGUAAAGCCAUUUCCUGAGUCCCUUCGAGGCCAAAUUUAAACAGAGGGCUCUGGUACAAGAAUAUACAGGGUCUCUCUAGUUUCAAGUUUGCCAAGGUGCCAUUUAUAGGCUCUUAAUUAACUAUAGCAGCGCUUAGGUGCACUCAUGCUAACAGGUUAAUGCCACGUGCCCCUUAAAUACAAUUCUUAAUGUGAUACGAUGUAUUAGUGUGCAGUAGUUUAUACAUUCUUCAAAGGCUAUUUGUACUGUGACAAGGUGGUGUAAAAUUUGUAAUCACACUAUAGAUUGGUUGCUGUCGAACAAAGCUCAAGCACCAAAGAGGUUUUUGGCACCUUGGAAAAUAAACCUAAUAAAAAAAAAGUUAAUAUUGGUAGACAUGGCAUUGCUAGAGUAAAAGGGGAAGGUAAAGGUGAGCCCUGAAUCGUUUGACUCAGGGAUAAAAGAAGGGGUGUGUCUGAUUUUUACUGAAACAUGAGCUAAAAAAAGUACAGUGCCUCCUUGGGUGUUCUCUUUUAGUGUAUCUCCUUGUGACGCCCUUACUUUCUGUCGCUCUUUCCUUCUAUCAAUAAGACUGUGUCCUUGCAUGACUGUUAAAAAGCUUUCUAUACAAAGAACAUCGAGGUGCCACACUGCUGGGGAUUCCGCAGGGGGACUCAGGUUUUUGUUAGUUUCCCACCUUUUGUGGUCACACAUUUCUUGAAAGAUUUUUCUCUCUCUUUUUGUUCUUGUUUCUGCUUAAACUUGCUUGUACGUUUUGGAUUUUUGAACCGUUUUGGAGAGUAUAUUUUUAGGAGAAAACGAUCUCCGCUAGAAGAAUCGUGCUGAAGGCUUGAUUAUAAGAUGGAUGACUGAAGUAGACAGUCUUUAGCUGUGUGUUCACUACAGGAAAACUCAAACCUCAGUUUUUAAUCUCUGCGUUCUGUGCUUUCUUGCUUACAAUGAGCAAAAGGUGUGUAUUAAAAAAAAAAAAAGAGGACAGCAAACCUUGGAAACUGUAACUAGAAAAUUGUAACUAGGCCUUGUAAUUUUUAAAAAUGCUGUCAGUGUGUCGAAAGCUAGCACUUAUUGAUAAAUUAUUGAGAAAUAGAGCCAGUUACAUUGGGAGAAAAAUAAUAAUAUGACAGACUGAGCAGUGAAACGUACCAUCUGUAUUUGACACUUUGGUACGUUUCCACCUUACAGCCCUUGCUUUAGGCUGCAUUUACAAGGAAUUCUUGGCAUCCGUCAGAUAAUGCGUUGAUGUACAUUAGCAUGUUGUGGGCAGAGCUUAUUUUUCCACUUGUAACCACAUACUUACAGUAUUUAAACUAUAACAGCAUCUAUAACGUUUGUAUUAUUAUGAUUUAUAGAGACAUGACAUACAUAAAUCCUACGGUUUAGGUGUUUGCUAACCAGUGACCGAAGUAUUCUAUCUUUGCGGCCAGUGUCCAGCACCGAUUUCUCUCAUGAAUGCCCCCACACACACACAAGAUUUAACAGACCACCUGACUGUAGAGGUCAAGCAUUAAGGCCUAUACUGUCCUCAUGGCCAGUUGGGCAGUCUAUGUAACUAAAGCUUAUGCCAUAUGCUGAAUUAUGAAUUCUCUUUAAAAUUCACUUGGAUUUUUUCUUUUGCUAUAUUAAUCCAAAAGUAAGUUCAUCUAAAUCUGUUAAGCAUUUUAUAUAUAAAACAGACCCUGGUAGGCUGUUAAUUGCUUACUUUUGUCUGGAAGCAUUUGUUGCCUGCUUGUUUUCCUUUAUUUUUUUUAACCUGUUUAGCUAAAGCUGUAGUGUAGUUGGUUUAGGACACAGCCCAAGAUGAUCAUAAACAACUGGUUUUUCUGUAAACACAAUAAAAGUACAAAACAUGUCAUUUAAAACAUCCAUUAAAAAAAUCCAGAAAUAAAAAUGUUCAUUUAUCCUCUUGGAGCAAAUAUUAAUUUCCUUUAAACCCAAUAUUAAUUGUUGUUGAUGUGCAGCUUUAAAUAAAUGCAGACUGAAGCCUUGUCUGCGGGCAUCAAACUUCAAACCUGGUGAACUUCUAGGGCAUAAAAGACCAACCAUUCUAUAACGCAUUACCAUGUGUUGUUAUGCAUCAUUAAAAUCAAGGGUGCGUUUUUUUGACAGAUGUCGAAUGUGUCCAUGUAAACAUGUCUCAAAUCUAUCCAGCAUGGUGCCAUAUAGGGGCCUGACCCAAUGUCAGAUGGGUGCUAAAAAUAACGUUUAUUAGCUAGUCGACCUGAGAACGAAUGGGCUGUUUUCCUGAAAAGCACUGCAAAAAUCCUGUAAGAUCAGCUUCAGAUCAGCUUCAGCCACGUCUGUGUCUGUUCUGUGUGCCUUUACUUAUUUACCGAAUAAUGGUUUCUUGUGCAGCUUUGUUUUGUCUGGGAUCAGUUGUGAUUUUUUGUGAUAUAUUCUUAAGUACAUAUGUUUAAAAAAAAAAAAGAAAAAUAGAAUCAACAAAAAUGAUAUAUCUUAACUCUUGUCAUUUUAAGUCAUUUUUGCCAGAGCUUUUGUGAUUUGUGAUUUAGUUUGGGAGAGGUAUUAAGACAUUUUAUUUGACCCACACUUUUUUUGUUGCUUCUUUAGUUUUUGAAUGUUUUGUGCAUUUUUUUUUUUAAUUGUAAAAUGAAUGUCAAGUUUCUAGUGGUUAUUAAUCUUGUUACAUUAUUGUAUCCUUGUAUUAAAUUCCUCUGUAAGUAAGGAUUUAAACAGCGGAUUAAACUUGUGGAUUUCACUUACAUGUUCAACAUACAUGCCCUGUCUCGCCUUGCUCAGGUGUUUUGAUGGGGGUGUUAAUGUAAUGUUAAUCAUUUGGGAGAAACAUGAUUAUUAUUGUUAAAUAUUACAAUGUUUGAAACCUAUUAAAUAUUGCACAUUAAGGAAAAAGUCAUUGCUGCUGACAGCCGUUUCUAAUCAUUAUUCAAAUCAUUUUGCAUCUGCCAAGUUAUGUAAUCUAAACACAUCGAAUAAACACUGUAUCCUAUUUA